AGUCCCAGUCGGAUGAUGAAAACCUUCCCUGUAACCUGGAAAAGGAAGACCACUCGUCCCCCAGCCCUCCAUCCACCCCGUCUGUGUGCUCCCCGCCAUCUUCCUCCUCCUCCUCCUCUGCACCUUCAGACGGAAAGAACAUUUGCUCCAGCUGUGGCCUGGAAAUCCUUGACAGAUACCUGCUCAAGGUAAAUAACUUAAUUUGGCAUGUGAGAUGCCUGGAGUGUUCGGUGUGUAGGACGUCUCUGAGACAACAUAACAGCUGCUAUAUAAAAAACAAGGAGAUAUUCUGUAAAAUGGAUUAUUUCAG